GUCGUUGCGCGUCUCCUGAGCAGACAUCAGACCGUCGCCUCGGUUCUCCGGUGUUUAUUCGUGAGAAGCGGCUCAUGAUGCGAGGUUUAUCCGUUCUUCAGCUGCUGCUCGUGACGCUGAGCGCGAGAGAAGCGCGGGAGAUCGGUGGCGGGAAUUUCCUGGAAGACGAGCAGCAGUGGCUCUCAACGGUCCACCGCUACAGCCGCACCGUCAAACACUGGAACCGCUUCAGAGACGAAGUGGAGGAUGACUACAUCCGUACACUGGAAGGUCCACAGGCUUCGGAUGAAAGUCUGGACACCACGAAGGAUCCGUGUCAGAAGGUGAAGUGCAGUCGUCAUAAAGUGUGUGUGGCUCAGGGAUAUCAGAGAGCGAUGUGUGUGAACCGCAAGAAACUCCAGCACAGAAUCAGAGAGUCUGGACUGAAGCCCCACGCUAACAACUGUAAACCCUGUUCAGAGACGCCCUCGACGCCUGUGUGUGGAUCAGACGGACACAACUACACCUCACAGUGUAAGCUGGAGCAGCAGGCGUGUUUUUCGGGGAAGGAUCUGUCCGUUCUGUGUUCUGGUUCGUGUCCUUGUAUCAGUCCUGGACCUCCUAAAGCAGAACCCAAGAUCAAGACGAAUCCAGAGACGUCACCCGAACCCAAACCAGAGCUCUGCACCGGUCAGGAUCUGGCAGAUUUGGGCGACAGACUCCGAGACUGGUUUCAGCUUCUCCAUGGAAAUGCAAAACAGAACAACUCUGGAAGACAAAGCACAGCAUCAGUGUUUGACCGGGGGCUCGUGGCCGGCUGUAAGGACUCCAUCGGCUGGAUGUUCUCCAAGCUGGACACCAGUAACGACCUGUUCCUGGAUCAGUCCGAGCUGGCCGCCGUAAACCUGGAGAAGUAUGAAGUGUGCAUCAGGCCCUUCUUUAACUCGUGCGACUCGUACCGCGACGGGAAGGUUUCCACGGCAGAGUGGUGCCUGUGCUUCUGGAGAGAGAAACCUCCAUGUUUGGCUGAAAUCGAGAGGAUUCAGAUGCAAGAGCCGUCUAAGAGGAAACCGGACGAGCUGCUGAGCUCCGGAGACUUCAGCAGUGGCGUCGGCUGGGAGGACGAGGAGGAGAAAGACGCGGAUGAGAACGCAGAGGAAGAGGAGGAGGAGGAAGAGGAGUCUGACGACGGUGGAUACAUCUGGUAA